UCAGCCUUGGCUGGAUAAAGCAAAUGUUUUUGUUUAAAAAUGAUGGUUAGGGCGACUCCUGUUUCUUUAGGAAACACUAAGGAAGGUUUUUGUGUCGUCAUAAGUAUUGCCAAGACUGACAGUGGACGUAACACAGCCAUUUUUGUCAGAGAAAUCGACAAAGAUGGCCUCGGCGUGGGUGAACCUUUUCGUUUAGCUACAAGCGAGUUCAAACACCUUUGGAAAAACGAAGAAGUCGAGCAGGAAAAAAUUCGCUUUGGUUCAGUAGUCAAAUACGCUCAAGUCGGAGAUGAGUACCUCUUUCGAGGGAACACAAAGUGUCAACGACAGGAUGUUGAUAAGAUUCUCCUGGACCUAAGCUUUGAUGAUGGUGUUUACAGAGGCAUAAAAGAUGCCUUUCCUGAGGCAAAUAUAGCACCUAAAGGUUCUAAAGGGAUCUAUCAAAAUUGCAGACCUAAGCAAUCCUUGUGCCUUGUCAGCUUGAAAUAUGGUAUCAUUGCAAAUGAAAGAAUAAGGUUCAAAACAAAACUUGGUGAGCAUGUGAACCUUAAGCUGAAUUGUAGAGAAAAUCUUGUGCUCACCACUGCACCUGUCAGACUGCAACUCAGUCAUGCAAGUGAUGAUGAUGUUGGAGAGGUGGCUCUCGUGAAUAUGAGGGAACCUGAGUAUGGAGUGAGGAGCCCUACCUAUCAGGCAGUCUGCGAGGGCCUGAUUCUUAAGCUGAAGCCCAAGGAGAUCUCAAUUGAUGAGGAGCCUGUUGAAAUUGAGGAUGAGGCUGGCCAUCUUAUUAUGGUCCCAGGAAAUGUCACAUUUGAUACUGGAAAUACAGGUGGGACUGCUAUAUCCAAUAAACUGGUGGAUGCUUUGGGUCUGAAACCUGAUAACACUAAGAAAAAGAAGGUCACAAUACCAGGAGAUGCAGCUCUGCAGUGUUGCACGGUACCAAUUAAAAUUAAAAUAAGAGGGCGCAAAUUUCCUGUCAAUGCUCUAGUUGGUGCUGUAGCUCCACACACAGACUUGCUGAUUGGGAUGGAUAUUAUGCAACAAUUGGGUGAUGAAGGUUAUUCUCUCCAAUUAGCAUAACUUGUCGAAUUGCAGAUUGUUUUGGUCUUUAAAUGGAAAAAUUUUGUUUUGCUGCCAGGCAAACACCAGUCUGUUGCCUGGGGUCUGUAAGAUAGAUAAAAAAGGAUAAGGAUAAAAUUAGUAGACGGGUUUGUCAAUUUAAUGUUCAACUCUAUAGUGACUGGUAAUGGAUUUAGUUUUGCGUAACUACAAGAUAUUCUUGGAAGGAAAUGAAUUUUUCUUGCAGUUUAAAAGGGUGUAUUGUCAGUAUACCAUAUCUCCUUGUUAAGUGCCCACAAAAAGAGAGAAAUGAUUUCAGAGAUGCCAACUCCUGGGAAUUUGGAAUUUGGUGAUGCUUUAUUUGAGGCCAUAUUCUUUACCCCACCCUUUAUUUAUUUAUUUUUUUUUUUUGGGUAGCUGCCACUCCUUUUAGUGCUUAGAAAAGUAUGACCAUCUUUUUCAUCUGUUAAGGUACCUCUAGGCUUGCAAACAAGCUUGAGGUUCAGAAGUGCCAAUAACAAAUGAACAAUUACAAAUUUUGAGAUUUGGAGUCUCUCAUUUUGGCUUUUUAUCAUUAUUUUAUCUUUAGGUUUUUAAUCUGUUAUUUCUGAAUCAUUAAAAAUGCCAUGGUAGAUUGCUUUAAAGACAAGGUCCUUUACUUUUUAUUUGUCAAAUGUUUUAAUUAUUUAUAUUGUUAGAACACCAUCAAAAGUCUACACAUCAUAAUUACGAUUUUCAAGGAUUUUUAGUUGGUUUUAGUGUAAUACCAUAAAAAACACUUUUUCUGGAAACAAGAAGUCUUCAAUUUUACUUAAGUCAAGUAGUAGUAUAAAAAUUGAUAUUUACUAAGAUAAUUGAAUGACCACUUUAAGCAAGGGGCUUUUAGUCCUCAUCAUCCUUGUCUUCCAGCCACAAGGUGGUGAAAAAAUUUCUAGUCCUUGACAAUUAUUUGGAAUUAUAAUGAUAAAUACAGUAGUUAUUAUUAGGA